AUGGACAUGGACAAAACAGCAGCUGCCCUUGAAGCUGUUAGCAAGGAAAUUAUUGAUCUGGAGAACAUCCCUGUUGAAGAGGUUUUUGAAAAGCUGAAAUGCACAGAAGGAGGUUUAAGCUCUGAUGAGGUUCAGAAACGGUUGGACCUUUUUGGCUACAACAAACUUGAAGAGAAAAAAGAAAAUAAAAUCCUGAAAUUUUUGGGAUUUAUGUGGAAUCCUCUCUCAUGGGUUAUGGAAGCAGCUGCACUUAUGGCUAUCUCUCUUGCACAUGGCGGCGGAAAGGAUAUAGAUUACCAUGAUUUUGUUGGCAUUCUUGCACUGCUUAUAAUCAAUUCAACAAUCAGUUUCAUAGAAGAAAACAAUGCAGGAAAUGCUGCUGCAGCCCUUAUGGCUCGCCUGGCUCCAAAAGCAAAGGUUUUACGUGAUGGGAAAUGGAGCGAAGAGGAUGCUUCUGUGUUGGUUCCUGGAGAUAUUAUUAGUAUCAAGCUAGGAGACAUUAUUCCUGCUGAUGCUCGUUUGCUUCAAGGAGAUCCACUGAAAAUCGAUCAGUCAGCUCUUACGGGAGAGUCUCUACCAGUGACAAAACAUCCCGGUCAUGGAGUUUACUCAGGCUCAACAUGUAAACAAGGUGAAAUUGAAGCAGUUGUUAUUGCAACUGGUGUACACACUUUCUUUGGGAAGGCAGCUCAUCUUGUGGAAACCACAACACAUGUUGGGCACUUUCAACAGGUCUUAACUGCUAUUGGAAACUUCUGUAUAUGCUCCAUUGCCAUUGGGAUGGUGAUUGAACUCAUUGUUAUAUAUGGCAUUCACCAUAGGGCUUAUCGAACUGGUAUAGAUAACUUGCUUGUUAUACUUAUUGGUGGUAUCCCAAUUGCUAUGCCCACUGUUCUUUCUGUCACCAUGGCUAUUGGCUCUCAUCGCUUAUCUCAACAGGGCGCCAUAACAAAGAGAAUGACAGCUAUCGAGGAAAUGGCAGGAAUGGAUGUGCUUUGCAGUGACAAAACAGGCACACUGACUCUCAACAAACUUACAGUGGACAAAAAUUUGAUAGAGGUUUUUGUCAACAAUGUUGACAAGGAUAUGGUAGUUUUGAUGGCAGCAAGAGCUUCAAGGUUGGAGAAUCAAGAUGCUAUAGAUGCUGCAAUUGUUGCAAUGUUGGGCGAUCCUAAGGAGGCACGAGCUGGAAUCACAGAGGUUCACUUCCUUCCCUUCAAUCCAACUGAUAAGAGAACGGCCCUUACUUACCUUGAUGAGGCUGGUAAGUUGCAUAGAGUCAGCAAAGGUGCACCAGAGCAGAUACUCAAUCUGGCCUGGAAUAAAUCAGAUAUCAAAAACAAAGUUCAUUCCAUAAUUGAUAAAUUUGCUGACCGUGGACUUCGAUCCCUUGCAGUUGCUCGACAGGAAGUGCCUGCUGGUAAUAAAGAUAGUGCUGGAGGACCCUGGGAAUUUGUUGGUCUUCUGCCUUUAUUUGAUCCUCCCCGCCAUGACAGUGCUGAGACCAUUCGAAGAGCCCUGGAUCUUGGUGUCAGUGUUAAGAUGAUAACAGGUGACCAACUGGCAAUUGCUAAGGAGACAGGAAGAAGACUUGGGAUGGGCACAAACAUGUAUCCUUCAUCAUCUCUGCUUGGUGACAAUAAGAAUGAAGCACUUGGUGCUUUACCAAUUGAUGAACUUAUUGAGAAUGCUGAUGGAUUUGCUGGAGUUUUCCCUGAGCACAAGUUUGAGAUUGUGAAAAGACUUCAAGCUAAAAAACACAUAGUUGGAAUGACGGGUGAUGGGGUCAAUGAUGCACCCGCAUUAAAGAAAGCAGACAUAGGGAUUGCUGUUGCAGAUUCCACAGAUGCCGCUAGAAGUGCUUCUGAUAUUGUUUUGACAGAACCUGGUUUGAGUGUGAUCAUUAGUGCUGUUUUAACGAGCCGUGCAAUCUUUCAGAGAAUGAAGAAUUACACGAUAUAUGCAGUAUCCAUCACAAUACGUAUAGUGUUAGGGUUUAUGCUGCUUACUGUGAUCUGGAAGUUCAAUUUCCCUCCUUUCAUGGUCCUAAUCAUUGCCAUUCUUAAUGAUGGUACCAUUAUGACAAUAUCCAAAGACAGGGUCAAGCCAUCACCAGUUCCUGACAGUUGGAAGCUCAAAGAAAUUUUUGCUACUGGGAUUGUUUUAGGCAGCUACCUGGGUUUAAUGACCAUUAUAUUCUUCUGGGCAGCCUAUGAAACUGAUUUCUUUCCAGAUAAAUUUCGCGUAAGAAGCUUCUACAAAAACAACUUUAAUCUUACAGAUAAGGGUGUCAGGGAUCAUUUAAAUGCACAGUUGGCAUCUGCAGUGUACCUCCAAGUUAGCACCAUCAGCCAGGCUCUAAUAUUCGUGACUCGCUCCCAAGGAUGGUCAUUCAUGGAGAGGCCCGGUCUUCUUCUUGUUACUGCUUUUAUCAUUGCCCAACUAGUAGCAACUGCUAUUUCUGCUCAUGCGUCAUGGGGUUUCGCUGGAAUUAAAGCUAUUGGAUGGGGAUGGUCAGGCGUUAUUUGGCUCUACAAUAUUGUAACCUAUGCACUGCUUGAUCCCAUCAAGUUUGCAGUUCGAUAUGCACUCAGUGGUAGAGCCUGGGAUCUUGUGCUUAACAAAAGGACGGCAUUCAACACUCAAAAGGACUUUGGUAAGGAGGCUCGUGAGGCUGCAUGGGCGGCUGAUCAGCGAACGCGCCAUGGCCUACGGUCUUCGGACCCAAAGAUCUUCUCUGAAAAGCACACUUUUAGGGACAUCAGUGUCAUGGCAGAAGAAGCCAAAAGGCGUGCAGAGAUUGCAAGAUUACGGGAACUUCAUACCUUGAAAGGCAGAGUCGAGUCCUUCGCAAAGUUGAGAGGUUUGGAUAUCGAUGUCAACCAACAUUACACGGUGUGAGGGGUACUCUGAAUGGCGUUUCCGAUGUCAAAUGCUCCCUUCUUUUUGCCUUUCCUUUUUUUUUUAAUCUCUUUGCUUGAGAUGUAUUCACCCAUGAGUCGCCCACCAACCCCUUUCGAGCCUUAAUAUCCAUAGUGGGGACUAAUAUUCCUUAAUGAUUCCAUAUGAACUAUCAAUAAGAGCCUUUAAUGCCAAUUUCAUCA